ACAAGUUUUCCAUGUGUCCACAAUGCUUAAUGUGUAUAAAAAGUCGACGACGUCUGACCAUUUAAUUGUAUAGACACAUCACAGUAACAGACAACGUCUACCUAGUGUUUAGUGGUGACAUAUUAAUAAAUCAAGAAUGAAGACUUGCAUCGUUCUUUGUCUUAUCGCCUUUGUGGUCGCAGUUGUGGGCCGUCCAGGUGGCCAAUACACUGACAGAUAUGACAAUAUUAAUUUGGACGAAAUUCUGGGCAAUCGUCGUUUACUGGUGCCCUAUAUUCACUGCGUUCUUGACGAAGGAAGGUGUACUCCUGAUGGUAGGGAGUUGAAAUCUCACAUUAAAGAGGCUUUGGAAAAUGACUGCGCCAAAUGUACAGAAAAUCAACGCAACGGCUCCCGCCGGGUCAUCUCUUAUUUGAUAAACCAUGAACAGGAAUAUUGGAAUAAGUUGGCAGCGAAGUACGACCCAACUGGAAAAUACUCCAAGAAAUACGAGAAUGAAUAUAGGGCUGCCCAAGGUUCUCAAAUGAAGACUUUUAUAAUUUGCUUGAUGAGUUUAGCAGCCGUGGUCAUGGCCUAUCCUCGGGAGACAUACACGGACCGUUUCGACAACGUUAAUUUGGAUGAAAUACUUGAAAAUAGACGCCUUUUGGUGCCCUAUAUCAAAUGUAUACUUGAUCAAGGAAAAUGCUCCCCCGAUGGAAAGGAACUUAAAUUGCACAUCAAGGAGGCCUUAUCAAAUGACUGCGCUAAAUGUACAGAAAAACAGAAAAGUGGUACUAGAAAAGUAUUGACGCAUAUUAUUAGCAAUGAAAAAGAUUAUUGGAAUGAAUUGAAGGCUAAAUAUGAUCCCGAUAACAAUUUCUCAAAAAAAUACGAAAAAGAAUACGGUUUAGUGUAAUUACUCAAUACUAUUAGAAAGAGAACACUGUAAAAUGGUUUAGUGAGAACAUAAUGAACAUAUGUAGGUAAUGAAAUUAAAAGAAUAAAAAAUAAAGAAUUUAUUUAAAACUUA